UUCUGUUAGUUAUGUAUGUAUGAAUGUGUGGGUGUCAUGUGUGUGCGUCUGUGCGCUGUGCGUGCAGUGUUUGGUUUAGAAAAUUCUUGAACAAAAGGUUGCAAAACCUCGAUAUGCCGCGAUAGUCAAACGAACGAAUAAAUUUGGCCGGUCAGUUAUUAUUUAUUUAUUUUCCUUUUCAUAAGAGCGAUCUCCCGAGGAUCGGAGAAAUACUAUUUCUCCAGGAGACCGCCCGUUAUCAUUUGACGAUGAUCAAAGCCGGGGAAGAAAACCUUAGGGUUUUUCCGCAAUCUGUAAAAUUCAGUGGACAAGAUGACGAAAACUCGGUUGAACUCGUCAGCAAAAAUGUUACGAUUAUUCCCUCUGCUGGUGGGAAUGAUCAUGGCAGCUCGAAAGUGAAGUUCAAAAGUAUUGUUGACUUUGCUUGGGAAUUUCAAUUCUAUGCGGGUCAACUGUUGGCAGUUCAUAUGUCCGGCAAAUACUUGGCUUAUGGCAUCAAAGCUGGAAGCGGUGCAGGUGUUGUACGCGUGGUAUACAAAGAACGAGAGCAAAGAGCGCUUCUUAGAGGAAUGCGCGGCACGAUACAAGAUCUCGCGUUCGCUCGAGUUUCUGGGGCUGUGUUGGCAUGCAUAGAUUAUUUAGGAUGUUUGUUUGUCCACACAAUCGAUUCCACGCCCACCAAUCUAGUAUGUACACUGAUACUGCAAGUGGAGACGGAAGAAGUUUCACCAACAAUCCACAGAGUCAUCUGGUGUCCGUACAUACCUGAGGACGAAGUCAGCGAGGGUGACGACGUCUCCAAAUUUCUACUCGUUACAAGAGGCUCUAAAGCUGAACUUUGGUCAGUUGAUAACGUUUCGAGCGUGCUAGGACCGGAACCCAUCAAGUUGACAGAUCCGUUGGUGAGUAAUUGCGGAGGUAUGACAGAAAUUUGUCAACACUCUGGAGCGAUAGUAGAAGCAAUUCUCAGUCCUGACGGCACAGCAAUAGCCACGGCUAGUCUUGACGGUGAAAUAAAAUUCUUCCAAGUGAUAAUCCAUGGUAAUGCGUUUCAACAACCGAGUUGUUUGCAUGAAUGGCGACCUCACGAGGGCAGACCUAUAUCAUCCAUGUUCUUCCUCGAUGACCACAAAAACUAUCAACCGGAUGCUCAAUUUUGGCGAUUCGCAAUAACAGGCUGUGACAAUAAUUCUGAAUUGAAAGUUUGGUCGUGUGAAAAAUGGGUUUGCCUGCAAACGAUACGAUUCGAUCCAUCGCCAAUAAGUGGGAAAAUACCGGUACUGAAAGCUGGUUUGGAUUUGAGCGCAAGUUUUUUGCUUCUGUCGGACAUAUGUAACAAAGGCUUGUACAUAUUGUAUUUGUCAAAGGACAGUGAUGAUGGGAUAGCUUGUGUGAGUACAAUAUCGGAAUUUUUAUUGCCAUAUCCGAUAUUGAGUUUUGGAAUAGUCGAUGCCGGUUUGAGGAAAGUUCGUCCGACUGGAGAGUCAUUGGAAGAUCUAUGUCCUUGCGAAGACGAGAACGAGGAUCAAUUCGUCAUAAGAAUGUACCUCGUACAACCGAAAUCUCUGCAAGAAUGUCACAUCGCAUUUCGGCCGAUUCAUCAAAUGGCGAAUAAUUGUUUAAUGGACACAUUGACACACGAUUCUCUCGAUUAUAACGAGGACUUGCAACAACACAUUAGACACGACGAUCAAAAUGGAAUUGCGGUGGAAAAUGGCGAAGAAGAAGAAGAAGAACGCUCGGUCACUAUCGAAGGAGCGACAAACGUCAACGGCGCUUUGAAUCUUAUGACGCCUGAUGCCUUCAGUUCACCAGCUAAAAAAGAAAACAGUGAAUCUAAUCGAGCGAGUCCGGAACUCGGUACGGUGCUAUCGGCGAGUCCGUCGUUGGCACAGGCAGUACAAGCUCUCAAUGCAACGGAACCGCCUUUGGCAACGAGUGAACUGGAGCAAGCACCACCGAGCGGUGGCAGCAGCACAUCUCGAGAAGUGCGUGAAAUUUUGUUCCUCGCUGGAUUGGAGGAAGAGGGAAAAGAGGAAGAAGUAUUGGAUUGGAGCGAUAUUCCGAUAGUUUCAUUGAUGGAUGUUGGCGCACGAGCUUUGCAAGAUUUCGUAUUUCCGGAGGACGAAGCGAAAAAAGAAACUCCACGAGCGGAAUUGAAAGGUGAAGAGUGGUCGGAAGUGCCACGUGAAAAUUGGACGGAAGUUCCGUACGCGUGGAGACGAGAUCAUCCUCCUGCGUCAAAAUCAGGCCGCGAAUCGGAGGAAUUCCCAGAAAAGGAGGGAAAAACGAAUGCCCCGGGAAGUAUCGCGAAGGAAGAAAAUGAUGCAGCGGACAUAAUAGCCAACGAGGAAGACGAGGAAGACGACGAAGUCGAAGUUCCGGAAACUCGUGUCGUUCCUGACCAUAACAUCGCUCAAUUGAGCCAAAAGUUGGAGAGCAUUCUAGAAACGAUGCAAGAACAACGACAAGAACUUCGGGAACUUCGUGCUGAAGUAACCAGGCUGCGACAAGAUACUCCUAUCGCUACAAGAGUCGAAUCUGCUCUUGCUCGCGCCUCUCAACAACAAUUGGCUUCCAUGGAGCAAACUCUCUACGCCCGCAUUGCAAGACAGAACGAUUUUCUUGACGAACUCCAAACCAACAUUACCAAUAAAAUCGAAACUGCUCUACCGCAAGUCGUCAGCGAUGUUGUUGAACCGUUGAAAGCCCAUUUAAGGACUGACGUCUCCAGAAUCGACGCUCUCGUCAGAGACAACUUGACACAACUCAUAGGAGGCCCUCAUAUUAGAGACACUGUCGCUCUUGCCGCUACCAACGCUGCCAAACCCGCUCUUGAAAAUGCCUUCAAAGAAGCUUUUGCCAAUGUUUUACUCUCCAGAAUGGAAAAAGCAUGUCAAUCCAUGUUUCGGCAGGUUCAAGACGCUUUCGCGAGAGGUACACACGAAUAUUUACAAAACGUUGAAACGUUGUUGGAUAAACAAUGUCAACAGCGAAACGAACAACAAAAUGAAGCUUCUCUUCAACUUUUGACCAGUACUUCGAAUCUCGUUCGAGAGGAUUUACGAAACGAAAUGAUGAAAACUUUCGCCACUUUUCAAGACGAGACUGUGAGGAAUAUCCGCGAAUGCGUCAGAGAUAAUCUUAACCAACAAUUGAUCGACAUAGCUGGAGCUCGGUCUCGUGCGACAACGCCCUGCAUUUCUGUGCCUGCAGUAGCGGAUACUCAAUCUCGAGUACUUUCUUUAAUUCAACGUGGCCAACUGAACGCGGCUUUUCAGCAGGCGUUGAGCGCAAGCGAUUUAGGACUCGUCGUGCUGGUUUGCGAGAAGACUGAACCGGCUCGAGUAUUUUCUAGCUCUGUAGGGCCACAGGGUCAAGGACAACGUUGUUUGCUGCAACAGCCAGUUAUUUUGUCGCUCGUGCAACAACUUUCUGCUGAUUUAGGGCACCGCACAGAGCUCAAGCACAGGUGGCUUGAAGAGGCGAUACUGAAUUUGGACACGAACGAUCCAGUGACACGGGAGCAUAUGGGAACUGUAUUAUUAACGUUGCAGUCCCAACUCGCGGCAUUUGUUGCGGCGAAUCCAAACCAUCGUUCUACAAAACGCAUGAAAAUGUUGGGAAUGGCGGCUCGUGCUUUACUAAAUCCGCAUCCUUGACUGAUUGAUUCGUAAUUCGACUACAAGAUAUCGUAAGAAAAAAAAAGAAAUAUUAGAGAAAACCGAGAGAUUGAAGAACGAAUUGAAAAAAAAGCAAUGACCUCGCUGGCAAUCAACGUCGAUCGUCAACAAGUCAAAAGACUGGCACACUAUAGUUUUCAUCAAAUUGCAUUUGCCAAUCGAAACCUAGUGCAAGUUCAAAAGUCGACCCCAUCCGUGGAUUUUAUUUCAUCGUCAUCCCCCCCCCCCCCUCCCUUCAUACUUCUUUUCCUAUAUGUUAAAACACAAGUGUAUAUUAGGUUUAGUAGAUGAUAAUAUUUUUAUUUAAAAAAAAUGAAAACACAAACGCGAGUAAUACGACUUUCUUCACGAAAGUAUUUGGCAAUGCCAUAAUCUCCGCUCAUAUUAUUUCUCUGUCUACUUCGCAAUUGCAAAAACAUUGUGACAAGUCUCUGCUAUCACUGUUGAUAAAUUAUUGAUUCCAACAAAAUGUUGCUACUUAGCAUUCCAAUUGGAACGUUUAAUUAUUUUAGUUUUCUUUCGUAGAACGUGAACAUACAUUUUGGUUUCGGUCGAGCAAUUAUACGGAAAAAUAGGCAACACAGUGUUAUUCUUGAUAUUUUUUUGGUAUUUCGUUUUCAUUCUUAGUGAUGUUCAUGAGCUAUGAUCGAAUUAUUCUCUUUAUUUUUUUUUUGUCAACGUAAUUCUUGGUAAAUGAGAGGCAGACAUUUCGAGCGGACGAUAACGUGGGGAAAAUAUUUUUCCUUUAAGAAUUAAAUAACGAAAAAUAAAAAAAUAUAAAAAAAACGAGAAACACUCAUUGUAUUAUAAAUAAUAAAUAAUCAAGUUUCAUACAGCCA